UUAACACUCACAUAAAAACACUAAUUGCCUGUUCAGACUAGAUCAACCGACGCCGCCCCCCCCCGUUCCCCAGUACUUUAUUUCCCCCCCGUAGUGUUUCGUCAAAAAUGAAGCGGAGAAGAGCUCAGUGAACCGAGCAGCGGCAGCCUGCGACACUCCAGUAUCUCUUUAAACAGCGACUAAGUUGUUAACGGAGAUGAUGCUCGGAAUUCAGGUGUCGUUGUUGGCAUCAGGGAUCUAUUCGGAUACUGCGGGGCUAACUUUCGUCACUUCAUCACAUCACCUAAGAUGACUGGAAGCCCUGUCUGUGGUGAGUGAAGAACAGCCAAUUUUUGAGCAGCCCUACCCUCCAGCUCUACAGAUGAAGACUGAGAUGACAACACCCAGCGGGUUAAGCCAGGCCUCCAAGCAGAGCUCUCAGGCCCAAGAGCCAGAGUGGGUGGAGUCAGUCUCCCAGAAUACUGGGGAAAGGAGUGAGAACAUCAAUGGGAGCAGUUGUAAGGCCCCUCUUGAGUCAGGCCCCACCAGACGUUCACGACACAUGAGUAAUGAUGGGGCUAUGAUGCCAUACCAGUCCACAUAUGGGGAGCCAGGUUUCAGCCCACAGACCAACAGCCCAUCCAGCACCACUGUGGAGGAGAAGCGGGUCAUCGUGCCAGCUGAUCCAGAAGUUUGGACACAGGACCAUGUGCGGCAGUGGGUGGACUGGGCCAUCAAAGAAUACGUCCUGGAGGAGGUGGAUGCUAAACUAUUUCAGGCACUAGAUGGAAAGUCCCUGUGCAAGAUGACCAAAGAAGACAUGAUGCGACUUACAUCGGCUUACAAUGCAGACAUGCUGCUUUCUCACUUGAAUUAUCUCCGGCAAAGUAGCUCCACAUUUUCCUACUCAACAAGUUCUACAAACACCACCCAAGUACAGCCGCCUAAACUACAGAUGAAAGCAGAGAGUGGGUUUGAAGAGAUCAGCCACAGAAACUGCUGGCCAACAAACACCAUGACCACAGUGUCAAAAGGUUCUUCAAUGGAACACAGCACAAGAAUUACAGACCCAACUUUAAGAAUUAUGCAAGAUCCAUAUCAGACACUCGGACCAAUAAGCAGCAGAUUAGCCAAUCCAGAAGACCAAGCCCUCAGCUCACCCAAGAACCGAACAGGCAAACAAAGCACUUACAAGAUUGACCCCAGCGCUCAAAGGCCUGUGGGUUCAGGACAGAUCCAGUUAUGGCAGUUUCUGCUGGAGCUGCUGUCCGACAGCAGCAACGUUGGAAUCAUCGCUUGGGAAGGCACCAAUGGAGAGUUCAAAAUGACUGACCCGGACGAGGUGGCCAAGCGCUGGGGAGAGCGCAAGAGCAAGCCCAACAUGAACUAUGACAAGCUGAGCCGUGCUCUGCGUUACUACUACGACAAGAACAUCAUGACGAAGGUUCACGGCAAGCGUUACGCCUACAAAUUUGACUUCCAAGGAAUCUCCCAGGCACACCAGAAUCACACGGCAGAGAGUAGCAUUAGUAAGUAUCAAACCGAGAUGUCGUACAUUCAGCCCUACCACAGCCACCAGCCCAAAAUGAACUUCAUAGGUGGACACACCACACCAAUGACCAUGUCCGCCAGCAACUUUUUCCCCCCUUCAACUACAUACUGGAAUUCCCCCAACAGCCCAAUCUAUCCUGGGUCAGCCAUGAGCAGGCACCCUGCCACUCACUCCCAUCUGAGCUCAUACUACUAAGGACAAUGCAUUUCACACAUGAAAGACAUUAAAUAGGAGAGAAGGAUGUGGGCCGAAGUCCGUUUAAAUAUAAAGGUGACAUGACGCUACAGCCUACAACAAGGGCAUUAUUAAAUUGUCUUUGUCUCAUCCUACAUUACACAUAUAUGGAAUAGGAGAAUUUGGAAUCAUGUAAUUAAUGUAAAGGAAUGUUUUCUUAUCACGUUUUCUUUAAUACACUCUCGACAUACUAUUGGAUAUACUGGGGUUUUUUUUUUUUUGUACACAGACAGUUAACUGUUGUAAUGACUGUUUCCAUCCUAUUGGGAUGUUAGUUCCUAGUUGCUAAAAGAUAACACAGGGAAUUCGGUUUUUCUUAUAAACAUCAUCUUAACACCAGGGAAAAAAAAAACUUUGACCGUUUGUUCUCAAGGUUCCUGCGUCAAUAUCUGGAUAAUUGCGCAAAACAAGCACAUGCACAAAUUUAGACAAUAUACGUAUACGGUGCUCCCUCUCUAUAUCGCAGUUCACCUUUUGCUCCCCAAGUACAUCUCAGGGGUUUAUUUUUCAAUCCGAUCUUAUUUUUUGUUUUGUUUUAAAAAAUGUGAAUUCUUGUUUUGAAAUUGAGAUAAGCGCAUUUGCGAACGAUUGCUGGUAGCUGUUUACCCAGGCGAGAUCGCAUACAGCAUAUUAUUGGCUAAUACAAUGCGUACUCGAUGUGCUAUUGUGAUAACUUUUUUUUUUUUCCGUGGGCGUGGGCAAACUUUUAGACUCGUGGGCCCCAAUUGUCCUAAAAUUGAACGGGGGGCGGGGGGGUCCAGGAGCAGAUAGAUGAAGCGUUCGUGUGAACUAAGAUAAAUGACAUGUAAAAGUCAUGCAUAUAGGCUAAAAUGCUUCUCUAUUGGGGUAUUACAUCCGGCGCCCGGGCCUUAGUUUGCUCAUGCCUGCGUUAGAGCAUUAAUGACAAUAUGUCAACAAGUCUGACAAUAAAAUAGAGUAAAGUCGAGUUGAGAAGAUUUUUAAUGAUGCUAUAACGUCAAGAGACUACACAGACACACGUCCCAACAGUGAGCAUGUGACCUGCCGUACAUUAUUUUCGUGACUUCUGCUAACGGAAAUUACACAGCAUCAAGCAGUUCUAUCAGCUCCAGUGACUCCAGGGGGAUCUUCUGCUCAUAAUUUGGGUGGAAUUCUACCUCCCCCGCACAGCCACAUUUUUUUUUAGGGUUAACCCUUUCGUGCAUGACGGUCACUACAGUGGACAGCUAUUAAAAUGUCAUUUUCUAUGAUAAGAAUAGGUUUUGAUGGCAGUGUUGCAUAUACGCCUCUACAAUGCAUUCUCAGGCGUCCACUGUAGAAAAUGACAUUUUAAUAGCUGUCCACUAUAGUGACCGUCAUGCAUGAAAGGGUUCAUGUGAAACUGGGACAGCUUUUCCUACCACCUGUUGCCAAGGAUGGGUGGCUUGAUGUGUUCUUGUGUACAUUUUUCUUUUGCCAGAGUAACAUUACCACCCAUAUUGGAAUGUAGUUGAAGAAACAGGGUAAGCGAAUCAGAGGGAUAAAGCGCAUUUUUGCCUCCUCGACUUGUACCAUUCACGUUUGAUUCGUCGCCAAACGGUUUUUCUGCAAAUGCCCUAUUUCACAUGUAAGAAAUUACCAUAGUAUUUUGUACAGAGCGCCAGUCAAUUUAGGUAUGUGCUUAAUGAUCUGGUGGAAAAAGGUGGACAUUGUGGUAAAUUUAGGAAUACCCCUCCCCCCCCGGACAUUCAUGACUGGAUUUAAAAAGAAGAGAUAUCCAGGGAAAAGAACGACGGUUAAGAAGACAGAAUUAUAAUGGAAGUAUUUACCAUUAUACCCCUUGCUGUGAGAAGCACAACGGUGUUACAGCAUAUUCAGUGUGACUGACAUUUGUAAAAGAAAAUUUUACAGAAUUGUACAGAAUUUGUAUGUAGCAAUGUAACCUUGAUUUAAUGCUAAUAAAUAAUGCUUUUACCUGAAAAUAAACUCGUGGUGCCGUUAGCAUCUGAGGAAACGUA